AUGCAUGCGUGGUGCGCUGUUACAAAGAUUGAAGGGCAACCUAAUCAUUCACCGGAUACAGUGGAGUACUCUAUCCCUACGAGAACAAUACCGUAUGUCGUUGGGCAUAAUAUGUUAAAAGCGCAUGCAAAAGCUUAUCGAAUGUACGAAAAGGAGUUUAAAACCCAGAAUGGAAAAUUCGGUAUUGUUAUCGGUGGCCGUUGGAGUACAACGUCUUCAACGUCGCCCGAGGACAAGGCUGCAGUAGAAAGAGCUCUCGAUUGGGCAUUCAACUGGAUGGUUUGUCCGAUAUUCGGGAAAGAUGGUGAUUAUCCUGCACUAAUGAGAAAAGAAAUGGACAUAUUGGAGAAGAAGGAAAAUCAAGAGAUCCUGCCACGAUUCAGCAAAGUUGAAAUUGCGGAGUUAAAAGUCGGGCCAGGCAAUGGGCCAUCUCAGAUGGAAAAAGACGCCCGCAUUGACUACGUGGAAGAUCACUGGGAGAAGUGA